AUGCCCGGACUUCCAGCUUCCGUCGAUCUCGACGAGUGCAUUUCGCGCUUGUACAAGAGAGAGCUCCUCGCCGAAUCCGUCAUCGAGGCCAUCUGUGCCAAAACGAAGGAGCUUCUCAUGCGCGAGAGCAACGUUGUCCACGUUCGCGCCCCCGUCACCGUCGUCGGCGAUAUCCACGGGCAAUUCUACGACCUUAUUGAGAUCUUCAAGAUUGGCGGAUGGUGCCCAGACACCAACUAUCUGUUCCUAGGAGACUACGUCGACAGAGGCAUGUUCAGCGUCGAGACCAUUUCUUUGCUUGUGUGCUUGAAACUUCGAUACCCCAACCGCGUUCAUUUGAUUCGAGGCAACCAUGAGUCUCGCGGCGUCACCCAGUCCUACGGCUUCUAUACGGAAUGCUCGAGGAAAUACGGCAAUGCCAAUGUGUGGCAUUACUUUACCGACAUGUUUGACUUUUUGACCCUGAGCGUCGUGAUCAACGACAAGAUCUUUUGCGUGCACGGCGGUCUCUCCCCCUCCAUCCACUCGAUCGACCAAAUCGUCAUCAUCGACCGCUUCCGCGAAAUCCCCCACGAAGGCCCCAUGGCCGAUUUAGUCUGGUCCGACCCAGACCCCGAACGAGAUGAAUUCUCCCUAAGCCCCCGCGGAGCCGGCUACACAUUUGGAGCUCAGGUGGUGAAGAAGUUCCUGGCGGUCAACAACAUGGACCACAUCCUGAGAGCUCACCAGCUCUGCCAGGAGGGCUUCCAGGUUCUCUACGACGACCGCCUCAGCACGGUCUGGAGUGCGCCCAACUACUGCUACCGGUGCGGCAACAUGGCCAGCGUGCUGGAGGUCAGCGACACGGGCGAGAGGUUCUUCAAUGUCUUCGCUGCGGCUCCGGAGAACGACCUGCACAAGGACAUGCAGCCUGGUUCAGAAAAGACGGCGGACGGGAAUGCACUCCCCGAUUACUUCCUGUAG